UCGAGCUUAGUAGCUUCCACCCCACCUCCUCUUAGGUUCUCCCAUUUCCGCGUUCUCGGCGUAGCUGUUGUCAUGCUCGAUACGGCCCCGGCUCUGUCGGUGCCGCUCCUCCUCCUACCCUAGAGCUCCGUGGUCCCUCUGGGGUUCUAGGGUUACGGAGCUUCGGCCGUUUCGCCCCCCCCGCAACGCUCAUGGAGAGAUCCGACUCCAAGGAUUCCAAGGAAUUCCGUGACGGCUCCUCAGAUGCGCUCUUCGAUGCAUCCCAAUAUGCAUUUUUUGGUCAAAAUCUUGUGGAAGAAAUGGAAUUAGGGGAGCUAGAAGAUGGCGAAGGAGACUUCCCCUUUUUUGGACCUGCAGAUGAUGAGUAUCAUUUAUUUGAUAGAGAAGAGGGUAGCGGUCUGGGAUCUCUAUCUGAAGUGGAUGAUCUGGCCACUACUUUUGCUAAGUUGAACCGAGUAGUCACAGGACCAAGGAACCCAGGUGUCAUCGGGGACAGAGGAUCAGGAUCCUUCUCCAGGGAAAGUUCAUCAGCCACUGAUUGGGCACAAGAUGGAGACUUUUCCACCUGGUUGGAUCCUUAUUCGUUUGAUGCAGAAAAUGCUCAAGAAGGCAAGAGAUGGUCAUCUCAACCUUCUCCUCGUUAUGCAGACUCAAAGCCUUUGUACAGAACGUCCUCCUAUCCUCAGCAGCAACCCCAUCUCCAUCACUUCUCAAGUGAACCAAUUCUGGUGCCUAAAUCGGCAUUCACAUCAUUCCCUCCUCCCGGGAGUAGAUCUCAGCAGGCUUCACCUCGAAACCCAAACAUGCCCUCUUUAACUGGUGGAUCGCAGUUGCCUUUCUCUGCACCAAUCUUCUCUCCUUUAUCUAACAACAAUCUUCAGGUUGCUGGUUUAUCCCAUGGGCUUGAAUAUGGUAAUAAUGUGCCUCAAUUCACCCCUUCUGGCCUUCCUUUUAGUAACAGGUCACAAAGCCACUGGGUCAACCAAGCUGGCGUACUUCAUGGUAGUCAGUCUGGAAUCUUGAAAAACAUAAUGCUACAACAACAAUUAUCUCAUCAAAAUGGGUUUAUUUCCCCGCAUCUGAUGUCACCUCAUCAGCAGCUCCAACACCAAAGGCUCCAUUCCCUUCAGUCAUCUUUGGCCCAUUAUGCUGCCCUGCAUUCCCCACUCUACAGUACUCAUCCUCCACCUUCGCAUAAAAUGAUUCUAGGGUUGUCUGAUGUUAGAGAUCACAGACCCAAAUCAUCACAAAGAGGGAAACAGAGUGUACGCUUUUCUCAACAAGGAUCCGAUCUCAGUAGCCAGAAAAGUGAUACCAUUUCUAUACAGUUCAGAUCCAAGUAUAUGACUUCUGAGGAGAUUGAAAGUAUUCUUAAAAUGCAGCAUGCUGCAACCCACAGCAAUGAUCCUUACAUAGAUGAUUAUUACCACCAAGCACGUCUUGCCAGUAAAUCUUCCGGGUCAAGAUCGAAGCAGCGUUUUUGUCCUUCCCAUCUUAGAGAGCUCCCUUCUCGAUCUCGCAAUAGUUCUUCGGAACAGCAUUCUCAUCUCACUGCUGAUGCUGUUGGGAGGGUUCCAUUAUCUUCUGUUCGUAGGCCUCGCCCCCUCCUCGAGGUUGAUUCCCCGCCUAAUUCUGCUGAUGGCAACUCUGAGCAGAAGGUUGUAGAGAAGCCUCUGGAACAGGAACCGAUGCUUGCCGCCAGAAUUACCAUCGAGGACAGCCUCUGUGUCCUCCUUGAUGUGGAUGACAUUGAUCGCCUCUUGCAGUUUACUCAGCCCCAAGAUGGUGGAACCCAGUUGAGGCGGAAGCGGCAGAUUCUUCUGGAAGGUCUAGCUGCAUCACUCCAGCUUGUGGACCCACUGGGCAAAAGUGGACACACAGUUGGGCUGGGCCCGAAGGAUGACAUUGUCUUUCUUCGGUUGGUUUCCAUCCCUAAGGGCAGGAAGCUCCUAUCCAGGUACCUCCAGCUUCUCUUCCCAGGUAGUGAGCUCGCUAGGAUUGUAUGCAUGACCAUUUUCCGCCACUUGAGGUUUCUUUAUGGUGGCCUUCCUUCUGAUCCUGGAGCAGCUGAGACAACCAUGAAUUUAGCCAAUACUGUUUCAAGGUGUGUCAGUGGAAUGGACCUUCGUGCGCUGAGCGCAUGUCUCGUUGCUGUUGUUUGUUCAUCUGAGCAGCCGCCACUUCGGCCCCUUGGAAGCGCAGCUGGAGAUGGGGCAUCUGUGAUUCUGAAAUCCGUUCUUGAAAGGGCGACCGACCUUUUGACCGGUCCCCAUGCCCCAAACAGCUGUAGCAUGCCCAAUCGUGCCCUCUGGCAAGCUUCCUUCAAUGAGUUCUUUGCUCUCCUUACAAAAUACUGCCUCACAAAAUAUGAAACUAUAGCUCAGUCAAUCUUGACCCAGACCCAAGUUAGCUCGGAAAUCAUUGGUACAGAGGCAGCCAGAGCAAUAAACCGGGAAAUGCCUGUGGAGCUUUUGCGUGCUAGUCUCCCUCACACCGACGAGAACCAGCGUAAGCUCUUGUUGGACUUCGCUCAACGAUCCAUGCCCAUAAAUGCAUUUAAUGCACGCAUGGGCGGUGGGAGCAGCCAAACAAACUCCGAGUCCGUGAGGGGGUAGUAAGACACGGUGUGGCGAUUGCAGGCGUCAUCAAGAAACUGUUGCAGAAUCUAGCUGCUUUUGAGAAGCUCCCCUCGGUUACUCAGUCAUGUGGAUAAAGGGAUGCUAGGGGGAAAAAAAGCAUGCAGUCCUCGAUUGUAGUAAAUCCUAGGAAACAGCUCUAUUCCCUUCUUCUUUCUUCUCUUCCCUUUUUAUGAUUUUUCGCCCUUUACUGUUCAAUUAAAACAGGAUUAGUGAUGUCGUUUCCAUGAUCGUAUGGAUGAAUGUGCAUUAAGAAGGAAGGUUCUUGAUGGGGGUUAAGUGGCGUCCUGGUUUCCUCUUGAGGAGCUAUAUUUUGCUGCUCCAUGUUGAAAAAGUCCGGGAGGAAAGUUGAAUUGUAGUGGAUACUGAAUGUUUAACAUGUACAUGGUAGUCUUGGGCAACAGCUCACCACUCUCCUAUUAAUGUGCUAUGUCGGCUGCUUUAUUUUUUA